CUUCAGUCUUCACCAUUCUCGUCAGGCGGUUAGACUCUCCUGAUUAUCUGUUCGAUUAUUAGUCCAUUAUUAGUGAGAAGACAUUUGUUCUGAGGUGGUGUCUAUAGAUGAAGGCAGUGGGACACCAGAGAAUUCAGAUUUGGAAACAAACAGCAACCCAAUGUACGGGAAGAGGAAGGAAUUAGAGGAGGAAAUGUUUAGUCAGUCGGAGGAUGAAGAGGCAGAGGAGAGCGUUUUGAUCAUGGUAACCUCCUCAGAGGGAGAAGAGGAGGAGCAGGUGAAGUCUGAGAGUAACCUGGGAGCAAAGAGGGAUGACCUUUCUCAGCCAGUCUGCCCGGGGCUUCAGGUGACAGGGCUCCAUUGUCCCCCAGUUCCCACCCCUCUGCUGUACUCCUCACAACCUCCAGUCUCCAUCCAGACCACAUUUUCUCAGCCACCCAAUAACCAAAGACCUCACAGCUCCUUUCUACCUCACAGUGAUCCCCAGCAGGGCCCAGAGGCUCUUGAGAUGAUGCAGGGAAACUCUGCCCUACUCCCCAUUGACUACAGCACCAGGGGCCAAGGUCAGGCCUUCAACUUCCCUCAGCUGCCACCUGAACCAAAGAAGAAACCAUGGACACGCUACAGUACAGAUCAAUUGGAGCAGCUGGAGGCCUUGUUCCAGGAGGAACCUUUUCCGGACAGGGAGAAAAUGAAAGCCAUUGCUGAUGCAGUCGGUGUCGCACCUGAGAAUAUCAAGGUCUGGUUUCAGAACUACAGGUCGAGGGUGUGGAAAGAAGACGCUGUUACAGCAAAUGUUGGAGAUGGACAUAGUACAGCUGGAUACACUACACAUCACCAGACCGGUCCCACUCUGCCCACACUGCCACACAGCAGUCUGGGAGCUCCACCUGUGUCUCAUUCUUAUGUUGGCAACUCGCCCCAGCUUACCCCUGUGCCACCUCUGUCCUCUACCUUAUCCACUCAGAUGGCACCCUCCCACAGCAGCCUGUUGUCCAGCCUCAGCAGCCCAGGUCAAAGCAGAGAGUGGGAUACAGGCCAGCACCAGCUUUCAUCCCAGUGGGGUUUGGCGAUGUUUCCCACCCGUCCCAUGUACAACCCUCCUCCAUUGUGGCAAUCCAGCCUUCCUCUUUUCCAAGCAGGAAUGCCAGACCAACCUGAUCCAAAACUGUCUGACUCCGUCUACCUGGGGCUUCGGGUGACAGGGCUCCGUUGUCCCCCAGUUUCCACCCCUCUGCUGUACUCCUUACAGCCUCCAUUCUCCAUCCAGACCACAUUUUCUCAGCCACCCAAUAACCAAAGACCUCACAGUGUUCCCCAGCAGGGCCCAGAGGCUCUGGAGAACCACAGAAUGAGGGUCUGGAAACGAAACCCUGUUACAGCAAAGGUUGGAGAAGGACAGAGUAGAGUUGGAUACACUCCACAUCACCAGAUCGGUCCCACUCUGCCCACUCUGCCACACAGCAGUCUGGGCGCUCCACCUGUGUCUCAUUCUUAUGUUGGCAACUCGCCCCAGCUUACCCCUGUGCCACCUCUAUCCUCUACCUUAUUCACUCAGAUGGCACCCUCCCACAGCAGCCUGUUGUCCAGCCUCAGCAGCCCAGAGGAUUUCGUCGCUGAUUCGACCGGUUUUAUCACUGCAAAAUCCGGUGAACAAACAGCUGUUACUCUGCCGGCGAGUCAUGGUCAAAGCAGGGAGUGGGAUACAGGCCAGCACCAGCUUUCAUCCCAGUGGGGUUUGGCGAUGUUUCCCACCCGUCCCAUGUACAACCCUCCUCCAUUGUGGCAAUCCAGCCUUCCUCUUUUCCAAGCAGGAAUGCCAGAUUUGGAAACAAACAACAACCCAAUGAAGCGGAAGGUGUCUGAAAUAGAGGAGCGGGUGUACAGUCAGUCAGAGGAUGAAGAGUCAGCAGAGGAGACAGAAAUGAGCAAUUUCAUCAUAACGCUUUCUGAUACAACCUCACAGCCUCCAGUCUCCAUCCAGCACACACUUCCUCAGCCAUGCAAUAACCAACAACCUCACAGCUCCUUUCUACCUCACAGUGUUCCCCAGCAGGGCCCAGAGGCUCUUGAGAACCACAGAAUGAGGGCCUGGAAACGAAACCCUGUUACAGCAAAGGUUGGAGAAGGACAGAGUAGAGUUGGAUACACUCCACAUCACCAGAUCGGUCCCACUCUGCCCACACUGCCACACAGCAGUCUGGGAGCUCCACCUGUGUCUCAUUCUUAUGUUGGUAACUCGCCCCAGCUUACCCCUGUGCCACCUCUGUCCUCUACCUUAUCCACUCAGAUGGCACCCUCCCACAGCAGCCUGUUGUCCAGCCUCAGCAGCCCAGGUCAAAGCAGGGAGAGGGGCCAGCAGCACCUUUCAUCCCAGGGGGGGUUUGGUGGUGUUUCCCACCCAUCCCACGCACAACCCACCCCCACUUCAUGCCAGUCUUCCUCCUUUCACCAAAACCAAUAAGUCUGCUAACCCCACUCCACCCAAGAACUGGCAGGAGGACAGAGAGUAGGCAGAGAGGAAAUCUGUGAUGUUCUGAUUUAGUGCUGUAGUAACAGGGAGUCAGUUUAAGUUGGAGCUCUAGCACUAAAACGUUCUACAAAAAUAAAAGUUCUUUUAAAACUGUUGGUCUGUUUGUUCAGUAAUUCAGCAAAGAUAGUGGUAGAAACCUCUGAUAAUUGAUGUCAGUUUUAGUUGGUGUUCUAAAAUGUGCCGGCACAUGUCACAAUUAGGAAUCACUUUCUUUUCCAAUUAUGGUUCUAUAAUUUCCACAAAAAUAAUAGUUCAAAGAAAAAGUGUGACAUGUUGGUGGAUUGUCGGUGCAUGUUUAGUCACAAAGUGUUUUGCUUUUGGUUCCUCACAGAACAUAAAUUUUUGUUCAAGUUUAUUAAAUCAGGUGGAAAAACAUGCAGCAUGUUUUUGGCCUCAAAAUGUUCUGUGCAUGUUCUGCUAAAAGAUGGUGAUGGCCUGCUACAGUUAAAAGAGGAAAAAGUGACAGCUGGCACUGACACUGAUGAUCAAUAAAGAUGCAAAUACUGUAAU